AUGGUACCGUUUGAAGUGUUGGGCAUCCUAAUUAUAAUCGGUUCACUAUUGGCUUAUUUUCUAAUCGAUAGUAUAGAUAACUAUACAGAUAAUAGUAAACAAACUAGUAUAUUUACUGUAGUUAAAAAUUUUAAUUUUUCAAUUAACUUACUGAUUACAAUUAAUGGUUGUAUACUAAUUGGUUUUAAUGAUGCAACAUUGGAUCUACAUUUAAAAAAUAUACAAAACAUAUCGCCCGGUUUGGAGGGUGCCAUAUUUGUUGUACAGGGUGCAUUUUAUGCAGCAUUCAACCCCUACUGGGGCAGUCUAGUGGAUAAGGUUGCCAACAAACACUCGCUAUGUUUGGCCGGUUGUCUAUUUUCAAUGCUCAGCUAUAUAGUCGCGGGUCCGCUACCGUUCCUGCCAAUUGAAUCUAAUAUAUGGCUAGUUAUUGUCGGCCAGAUAUUUCUGGGCUUCGCUAUGGGAGGUCUAGUAGUCGGCAGUUUUACCCAUGGAUUCAAUGAAAUUAUCAAAAGCGGUUUUGCCGAAAAUGUUAGCACUUUUGCCGUAAUUUCGGCCAGUUUUUCGUCGGCAUUUGCCUUGGGUUCGGCUAUAGGGCCGGCACUCGGAGGCUAUCUAUUAGGACAGUUAGGCUAUCGUUGGUCAACAGUCUAUAUGGUUGCACUGGAAUUUCUAUUUGUAUGUUAUAAUUACUGUUAA